AUGCAGGAGUCUCCAGGUGCUAUGGGUGUAGAUGGCAGCUAUGCCAGCAAUGUUCCAGCCUUCCUCACUAAACUGUGGACCCUGGUGGAGGAUCCAGAUACCAACCAUCUCAUCUGCUGGAGCGCUACUGGGACCAGUUUCCAUGUGUUUGACCAGGGACGCUUUGCCAAGGAAGUUCUGCCCAAGUACUUUAAACACAAUAAUAUGGCGAGCUUCGUUCGACAGCUCAACAUGUAUGGUUUCCGUAAGGUGGUGAACAUUGAGCAGAGCGGUCUGGUGAAGCCUGAGAGAGACGAUACAGAGUUCCAACAUCUGUACUUCCUCCAGGGACAUGAACACAUGUUGGAACACAUCAAGAGGAAGGUAUCCAUAGUGAAGAGUGAGGAGACCAAAGUCCGUCAGGAGGACCUCAGUAAACUUCUGUAUGAAGUUCAGCUUCUCAGAACACAACAGGACAACAUGGAGUGUCAGAUGCAAGACAUGAAACAGCAGAAUGAAGUGCUGUGGAGAGAGGUGGUCUCACUGAGACAAAACCACACACAGCAACAGAAAGUCAUGAACAAGGUCAGUCUGUUUCUUGUUCAGCCGAUGCAGUCUAACACACCCAGACACUGUGGGCCUAUAAAGAGAAAGCUGGAACCCCUGAUGUUGGACGAUGGCUCUCCGAGCCCUCCUGCCUCCAAGUUCAGCCAUAGUCACCCAAUGGAGCCCAUGCAUGAGCCCUUCUACAUCCAGUCGCCAUCCAGUGAUACUGCCUCUUGCUCUACUAGUGGGCUGACAGGAGGACCGAUCAUAUCAGAUGUUACUGACAUGUCUCAGGCCAGCAUGGCCCUCCAGAUGCAGCCUGAUGAGACCAGGGAGAAGUGCAUGAUGCUUAUCAAAGAGGAGCCUGUGAGUCCAGGAGUGAGAGGGGGAGGGAAAGGAGGCGGCGGGGUAGGGGGAGGAGAGGCCGUGGCGUUGACCUCCUCAUGUGAGGUGUGCUCCUCGGAACCUCCUGUCCUCCCGGUUGCAAUGGUCCAGUCUGUCCUGGAGGGGAGAGGCUCUGUGGCCUCUAUGGUGGAGAGGAGGAGUAAGAGACCUGCCCUUGACAGAGUGGAGGUUUCAGACGCAGUGGAGAACGUGGAUAUGAGCCUGGAGGAGCUUCAGCAGCUGCUGCUCAGGAGCCAUCAGCAGAGUACUGUGGAAGCUGGGACCAGCGCUGUAAUGGAUCCCUUCAGUUUAAGCCUGCCUCUGACUGAGUGGAACUUUACAGAGAUGGAGUCCAACCUCAAAUCAUACAUGUUCCAGAACCAGGAAGCGGAGGCUUUUCCAGCUGCUGGCUGUGAGGAACAGUGA